UGUGGCUGGAUUCUGAUUUCCCUUUCUUUCCUGUUGGUGAUCAUUACCUUCCCCAUCUCCAUAUGGAUGUGCCUGAAGAUCAUUAAGGAGUAUGAACGUGCUGUUGUAUUUCGACUGGGACGAAUCCAAGCUGACAAAGCCAAAGGGCCAGGUUUGAUUCUGGUCCUGCCCUGCAUAGACGUGUUUGUCAAAGUUGAUCUCCGAACUGUGACUUGUAACAUUCCUCCACAAGAGAUCCUCACCAGAGACUCUGUGACGAGUCAGGUGGAUGGAGUCGUCUACUACAGGAUCUACAGUGCUGUCUCAGCCGUGGCUAAUGUAAACGACGUCCACCAAGCCACAUUUCUGCUGGCUCAGACCACUCUGAGAAAUGUCUUAGGGACACAGACUCUGUCCCAGAUCUUAGCUGGACGAGAAGAGAUCGCCCAUAGCAUCCAGACCUUACUUGAUGAUGCUACUGAGCUGUGGGGGAUCCGGGUGGCCAGGUUGGAAUUACAAAAUGUAAGCAUGACAUGUAAGAUACAAUUGGGUAUCAGGACAGAAAAAGAAAGCACUAGUCACAGUUGUAAACCUUUACUUGUGUUUCUGUUGUUUUAGGUCCUUGCAGCAGAAGGAGAAAUGAAUGCUUCCAAAUCUCUGAAGUCAGCCUCCAUGGUGCUGGCUGAGUCCCCGAUAGCCCUCCAACUGCGCUACCUGCAGACCUUAACCACUGUAGCCACCGAGAAGAAUUCCACGAUUGUGUUUCCUCUGCCCAUGAAUAUGCUAGAGGGCAUUGGUGGUGUCAGCUGUGAUAACCACGGGAAGGUUCCUAACAGAGCCUGA